AUGUUCCCUGAGGGAGGGGGCUGGGCGGCUCGAGCUCCUGGGUCCAGCCUCUGGCUGCGGUGCGUGCGGCCGUCUCUGUCGCCAUCCACAGGCUCGGCCGACGCUCGGCUCCCGCUGCCUGAAAAGCCCUUGGGCCCCAGCGGCGGCCAAGAAGGCGGAGGGAGGGCCAUCUGGAGCCGGGUCCGAGCAUCCUCCCUCCUCCUCCGGCGGAGCCGCGCGGAGGGGCGGGCACAGGGAGGAGGGAGGAGCGCCGGAGCCCGCCCCCGCCCCCUCGGCCCGGUGUUGCUGCUGCUCCCGGCCCCUCCGCCGCCGCCGCCGCUCUCGGCUCCUCGGCUCCUCGGCUCCUCGGCUCCCCGGCUCCCCGCUCCUCCGCGCCACAGCCAGGGAAGCUCCGCUAGACCCCCGGGGCUCCGGCCCCCCGCCCCAGCUCCCCGGCACCUCCGCAGUGAGGGGCCGCCCUCCAGCUGCCAACUUCUCUUCCUGCCCCUCGAUAGCCAAGUGGCGGCCGAGUCUCUACGGUCCCCCCCGCCGCCCCCAGGCCCGCUGCUUCUGCACACCACCCCCCAUCCUCCCUCCCCGCGCAGCUCGGUAACCCCGCUCCGCGGCCAUCCUCCCUCUUCUUCCGGGCCCCUUUCCUCUCCCUGAACCGGGGACUGGAGAGCCGCUUGU